AUGAGAAAUUAUAAUAUUUCUACACGAGGUGCAACCUCAAACUUUCAAAUGAAUACAUAUCAUCGAAAAACCCUCGCGCCUUCACAAUACGGGACGUCUUAUUACGCUUCUCAGAGUAAAUCCACUUAUGCGCCUUAUUCUAAUUCCACGACGAUUCGAAGGUACACGCGACAUGCAACCGAAGUUGUGGCACAGCAAUCCAGGUCAAUAAAGUCUAGCAAACUUAUAUAUCAUAGUACAUAUGCUAGUCGUCUUAAACAAGGAAAUACUGCUCUUAUUUUACCUGUUGUACUUAAAGGAAGGAAGAGACGUCAAAGAGGAGUAAGUCAAAUAAUAGAUGCUGAUGAUUCUGAUGAUUUCAUUGAACUUUAUGAAGAUGAGGAUAGAGGUUCUCCUCCAUUGGAAAAAAGAAUAGCAUUAGGGUUUGGUAUUACGAAUGGAGAAAGUCCUAUCGUAAAGCAACAAAUAACUAAAACCAAACAUCUUUAUUAUUCUCAGAAAGAAAUAGAUUGUAAUUCAGAACAUGAUGAGAUUUUGAUUCCAAUACGACUUGAUAUUGAUUUGGGUGCUUAUAAAUUACGCGAUACAUUUACAUGGAAUCUUAAUGAAAAAUUAAUCACGCCCGAACAUUUUGCUGAAAUAUUAUGUCAUGAUAUUGAUAUUUCAAUUGAGGAAUUUUCGACACCUAUUGCUGACUCAAUACGAAAGCAGAUUCAAGAACAUUAUUUAAUAAUGGAAUAUUAUUUACCUUCUGAAGAUUCUCGACUUGAUAUUCAUGUUGGAAAAUUAAAACUUCGUGAUCAAUUUGAAUGGGAUCUAAGCUCUGAUUUAACACCUGAAGAGUUUAGUAAGAUUCUUGUAUCUGACCUUGGAAUUGGUGGUGAAUUUGUUACAGUGAUUUCUCAUAGCAUUCAUGAACAAUUAUUGAAAUACAAGAAGGAAAUAAAACCUGAUGAUUCAGAUGAUGAACAGGAACCAUUGAAAUCCAUUUUUCGUUCUUUUGAAGAUGUUGAAGAAUGGUGUCCUGUAUUAGAAAUAUUGACUAACGAAGAGUUAGAAAAGAUUAGGUUAGAUCAAGAACGAGAUAUAAGACGAAUGCGUAGAGAAAAUGCACGUAAUAGUACAAGAAUAAAAUCAAGACCUAUGACUUCAAACGAUCAUUUGAUAAAACAAAGAAUCCGAAAUGAAUUGAAAUCAACAGCUGAGGAAUUGAAUAUUUGGUGCUGUUUGCAUUGUGGUAUUGAUGGACGCACCACGCCCUUGGUGAGGAGAGGGCCUAAUGGAAGCAAGACACUUUGCAAUGCUUGUGGUUUGGUGUGGGCAAGCAAAGGCGAAUUGCCACCUCACCGAAAAUACUUGUUCAAGUAA